AUGGAAGCAUCCAAGCGUGCGUUGUCGACCGCGUCGUCACGCUUGUCCCGGCUGGUCAACCUCACCGGUCGGUCUGGAUGCCUCAGGCGCUCAAACGUUUGCGAGCGGGUACCGCCGGCUUGGCGGGCAGAUGGCGUGCAUGGGCGGGGCGAACCUUGGCGUGAACUGCGGGGUAGCUUGAGGGAAACGGCAUGGCCAGCGCGAGCGCAAGCUGUGGCAGCUAGAGGGUAUUCCAACAGCAACAACACCUCGCCCGUGACCAAGAGAUUCUAUUCCUCCUACACGUGCUCGAAUUCCCGGAGGCCUAAUUUCUGUGCGGCCUCAUCAUCUCAACCUCGAGUCAGCAGUGCACUCUGCCAUAAACGGAAUUGUACAAGCUUGACCCCAAACUCGGCGAUCCUGGCUGUGAACAUGUCGGCUCGUGAUAUCCUCCCGGACAACUUCCGUCCCGUCAAUUACGACCUUAAGCUUACCGAUCUGGACUUUGACAACUGGUCGUACAACGGAACCGUUGAGAUUUCUGGAGAACUCACCAAGCCAACUACUGAGAUUGUGCUCAAUGUAUUGGAGAUCAAGCUCCAAGAGGCUCAACUGGAAAUCCAGGGCACCAAGGCAAAUGUUAGCCAGAGCACCAAAAACUUCAACUACAAUGACAAACAACAACGUGCCACUAUCGUCUUCGACGAGGAGAUUCCCCCCUCAGCCAAGGCCAGCCUCAAGAUCAAAUUCUCUGGGCUCAUAAACCAUGACAUGGCUGGGUUCUACCGCAGCAUGUACAAGCCUGCGGUUCCCGCAGCUGCCUCGGUUCCCCGAGACGAACAGUUCCACUAUAUGCUCAGCACCCAGUUCGAGGCCUGCGAUGCUCGCCGCGCUUUUCCUUGCUUUGACGAGCCCAACCUCAAGGCCACCUUUGACAUUGCCAUCGAGAUCCCGAGCGAUCAGGUUGCCCUGAGCAACAUGCCAGUCAAGGAAUCCAAGGAAAUCGCGCCCGGGAAGACCCUUGUCUCCUUUGAUCGUACCCCCGUCAUGAGCACUUAUCUGGUUGCCUGGGCCGUCGGUGACUUUGAGUACAUCGAGGCUUUCACCGAAAGGCGGUACAAUGGUAAGCAGCUCCCUGUGCGUGUCUACACCACCCGUGGCCUCAUCGAGCAGGGUCGCUGGGCGUUGGAGCACGCGCCCAAGGUUAUCGACUACUUCAGCGAGCAGUUCGACAUUGACUACCCGCUGCCCAAGUCUGACAUUCUUGCUGUGCACGAGUUUACUCACGGUGCCAUGGAGAACUGGGGCUUGGUAACAUACCGGACCACAGCUGUGCUAUUUGACGAGAAGCUAUCUGAUGUUCGAUUCCGCAACCGCGUUGCUUACGUGGUUGCUCACGAAUUGGCUCAUCAGUGGUUCGGUAACCUUGUGACUAUGGACUGGUGGGACGAGCUUUGGCUCAAUGAAGGCUUUGCUACCUGGGCAGGAUGGCUUGCUACUGAUUACCUCCACCCUGACUGGAAUGUUUGGCCGCAAUUUGUCAACGAGGGUAUGGGUAUGGCAUUCGAGCUCGACUCCAUUCGCGCCUCGCAUCCUAUUCAGGUCCCCGUUCGCGAUGCGCUUGACGUGAAUCAGAUCUUCGACCAUAUUUCAUACCUCAAAGGAUGCAGUGUAAUUCGCAUGCUGGCAUCGCAUCUCGGUGUCCGCACCUUCCUCAAGGGUGUUGCCAUGUACCUCAAGAAACACCAGUACCACAAUGCCAAGACUGAAGCAUUAUGGUCGGCCUUGAGCGAGGCAUCUGGCACUGAUGUCAACGCUCUCAUGGCACCCUGGAUCGAGAAGAUCGGGCACCCGGUUCUUACGGUUACAGAGAAGUCCAGUGAUGGCGCCAUCGGCGUCAAGCAAUCGCGAUUCCUGUCCACGGGUGACGUCAAGCCCGAGGAUGACACGACGACUUGGUGGAUUCCCCUCGCCCUAUCGGGCAAGGUGGGUACUGCCGAAGGCGAAGUGCAGUCUCUUUCUCUGACAAGCAAGGAGGAGACUAUCACCGGUGUCAGCAAUGAAUUCUACCUGCUCAACUCCAACGCAACCGGGUUUUACCAGGUGAACUACCCAGCAGAGCGCCUGGCAAUCUUUGCCAAGCAGCUUAACCGGUUGGGCUCAGCGGACAAGAUCCGCAUCUGUUCGUCUGCCUCAGACCUUGCGUUUUCCGGAUACGCGAAGACUUCGUCUCUACUGUCCUUCCUGGAGGGGUUCAGCAAUGAGACGGAAUAUCUCGUUCUUGCGCAGGCCCUUGAUGCAGUUGCCACCCUCAAGUCCGUGUUUGGCGAGGAUGAGGAAAUUCGCGCUGGUCUGAAUUCCUUCUCGUUGAAACUUAUCGAGAACCAUGUCGGCAAGCUUGGCUUUGACGUACCUGCGAACGACAGUUACACCAACAGCCUCCUACGGAAGAGGAUUCUACUGACUGCAGUUACAAGCGGCCACGAGGGUGUUACGGCUGAAGCCAAGAAACGAUUCGAUGCCUACUUCAAGAAUGGAGAUAAGUCGGCUGUGCACGCCGAUCUGCGCGUUACAUGCUACCGAGCAGCCAUCCUGAGCGACCCAGCGACGGCUGUGCAGAUACUCAAGAAGGAAUGUGCGGAAACCAAAGCCGUGGAUGGGAGAGAGGUGUGCCUUGGUGCCCUGGGCCAUGUUCAGGAUGCUGCCAUCAUCAAGGAUGUUCUCCUGCCGUUCCUCUUCGAUGUUUCCCCGGAUGCCGUGCCGCCGGCCGAUGUGCACAUUAUGGCCGCGGCGCUGUCGGCGAACCGGGUGGGACGCCCACUCUUGUGGGAGCGCCUGCGCGAAGACUGGGAGAACUCGGUGGUCAAGAAGCUUGGAGGUAACCCUAUUCUGGUCGACCGUCUGGUCAAGAGCUCGCUGGGCAGAUUCACAGAUGCCAAGGCCGUCGACGAUAUUGAGGCCUUCUUCAACAACAAGGACACGUCGGGCUUCAACAGGACUUUGGAAACCGUCAAGGACAAGGUUCGCGGCAGAGCGGCGUACAAAGAAAGAGACGCGCAAGCCUUGAAGCAGUGGUUGAAGGAGAAUGGAUAUUUGAACAAAUAG